AGAACCGUGUGAGAAAUAUAAUUAUGUUUGUAAAAGACUUAUGUAAUCAUGGAACUUAAUUCGAUCUUAAUUUUCAUAUGUGCUUCUAUUUUAAACGUGAAUUGCUACGAUAUCAUUCAAAGACAAAAUGACGCGAUUAAUGCAAGUUAUUUGGAAGAAGUAUUAGAUGCGCAGGAGUGUGAUCGGCAAGUAAAAUUAAUAAGAGGAAAUGCAUUGAUGUUACUUCAAUUUGCCGACUCCGGCCUAAGAACACCAAGAGGUAUACUCACUGGCAAUACAGUAGACCUUGGAAACUACCAUCAAUGUUUAGGAAUAUAUCAUCAACUGGAAGAGAUGCACAUUCAGGGAAAGUACUGUUCGAUUGAAGUCCCUUUCGACCAAAAGUUCCACUUACCAAGACCUCAGGAUCUGAAAGGGUUACCGUUCAAUCCAAGUUCAUUACGGGUGGACAAUGCUACUAUAAAAAGGAUGGAGAAAUAUGAUGUUAUGAGAAGACUGAUGCGGGCCGUCGGUGGAAAUUUUGAUAGAUUUGAUUUAGAAGCCAGAUCUACACCGGAAAAUCCUCUGACCAACAUGGUUUUUAGAUUAUCAGUUUGUGUACCGAAACCGUGUACUACAGAGCAAGCUAUUACGUCGUUACUGUUCAACAUUUCUCAAAUUGGUUUCAAGUAUACGGACCACUACUGUCGACUGCCCAACGACAAACCUUGGGUUACUGCUGAUUUUGUAGCUGUAUCACUCUUUGCCGUUCUGGGUUUUCUAACGUUAAUGAGCACGUGUUACGACAUCGGGGGUCGAUUUAUAUUAAAGAAAGAUGUAAAGCAACUGAGUUUGCUUUAUAGAUCGUUUUCUGUAUAUACAAACGGAGAAAUAUUAACGACGUUUAAGUCAGUUCCUGGGACCAUACAAAGUCUCGAUGGGAUCAGAACAUUGGCUAUGUUGUGGGUCAUCCUCGGUCACACUUACGGUACAGAACCAUUUGCAGCAAACCCUAUGGAUACUUAUUCGUGGAUGUUUUCUGCUAAAGCCUUGUGGUUAACUGCCGCGACCAUGACUGUCGAUACAUUCUUCACCAUGUCAGGGGUUCUUUUGGUUUAUACGACUGCUGGAAAAAUGAAUCAAAUGACAUUUGUGAAAAACCUGCACUGGUUCUAUCUGAAUCGCUUCAUGAGGGUGACACCGAUGUUGGGUGUUGUUGCUCUACUCCAGGCUUCGUUCUACAACCAAAUUGUCGACGGGCCCUAUUGGGUGACGGUGGCUGAUCAUGUGAAGAGAUGUCGAGACAACUGGUUGAUGACAAUGCUACAUGUGCAAAACUUUAUGCGUCCUGAAACCAUGUGUGUCACUCACUCCUGGUACAUUGCUAUUGACUUCCAACUUUACGUCAUCUCACCUGUCAUCCUCUUCUGGGUGUUUUCUGGCAAGAGUCGCACAGCCUGGUCCAGUUUGCUUGGAGGACUUCUAGUUGUGUUGAUAAUUUCAACUGGUUACUGUUUCUAUAUGGAUUUGCCGGGUGGAGUUAUAGUACCCAGGUAAGUGUACUUUGCCAUCAAAAUUUUGCUUGAAUCGAUUCGGAUAAUUUGAUUUGAAUGCAAUCUUAAUUACAUGUAUG